UCAUGAUCGGGAGAGGGUCACAUACGUAUCGUAGGUGUGUCUACACAAAAAUGCUAACAUUUGAUUCAAUAUCCUUCACACCAGUUGCAUCUUAAUAUUAUUUGUAUAUUUUUUUUCAAGUAAUGGAUCAGCCUGUUCCCUGUUGCACCUCGUUUCCGAUCUCCUGACCACUUGUGAACUUUGACCAAAAGCGUCGUCCAGGUCCUACACUGGCGGUGCAGUAAGCCACAGUGUACCGCGUCGACAAUGGCGUUUGCUCUUCGACAGGUGGCUUCAAGAGUAUUUUGCACUGCAACAAGAAAAGCAACAACCCAAGGCAACAACCAGAAAUUAUUUUCCGGUGUCAGCUUUGAGUUAACCCCAGAGCAGAAAGAAUACAAGGAGUCUGCCAGAAAGUUUGCCAGAGAGGAAAUAUUACCACGAGCUGCAGAAUAUGACAAAACAGGAGAGUAUCCAUGGGAGACAAUCAAGAAGGCUUGGAAGCUGGGGCUUAUGAAUUUACACAUCCCUGAACACUGUGGUGGAAUGAACCUGGGGAUUGUGGACACUUGCAUUGUCACAGAAGAGCUAGCAUAUGGUUGUACUGGUGUACAGACAGCAAUUGAAGCCAACUCUCUUGGGCAAAUGCCCAUAAUUAUUUCAGGGAAUGCAGAACAACAAAAGAAGUAUCUUGGUCGUAUGACUGAAGAACCUCUUAUGUGUGCUUACUGCGUGACAGAACCAACAGCUGGAUCGGAUGUGGCAGGUAUUAAAACGCGGGCAGAAAAGAAGGGAAAUACAUAUGUUCUGAAUGGGCAGAAAAUGUGGAUUACAAAUGGCGGGUAUGCUAACUGGUUCUUUGUUCUUGCCCGCACUGUUGCUGACCCCAAAGUACCUGCCAGUAAAGCAUUUACUGGGUUCAUUGUUGAUGGUGACUCACCAGGUGUGAUUAGAGGAAGAAAGGAACUAAACAUGGGACAAAGAGCAUCUGACACACGAGGCAUUACAUUUGAAGAUGUAGUUGUACCUUCAGAGAAUGUACUUGGUGGAGAAGGUAUUGGGUUUAAGAUUGCCAUGGGUGCCUUUGACAAAACUAGACCUUCAGUGGCAGCAGGUGCUGUAGGAUUAGCACAGCGGGCUCUGGAUGAAGCUACUAAAUACAGCAUGGAGCGCAAGACAAUGGGCAAGCUUAUAUGUGAGCACCAGGCUGUGGCCUUCAUGUUAGCAGACAUGGCAAUAGGAGUGGAGAGUGCACGUCUGGCCACCCUGAGAUCUGCCUGGGAGAUUGAUCAGGGUCGACGGAACACCUACUAUGCAUCCAUUGCCAAGGCUCUUGCUGGAGACGUUGCCAAUAAAUGUGCUGCUGAUGCUGUACAGAUAUUUGGUGGGAAUGGUUUCAACAGUGAAUACCCGGUGGAAAAACUUAUGAGAGAUGCCAAAAUCUACCAGAUUUAUGAAGGCACAGCACAGAUCCAGAGGAUGAUAAUUUCUCGUGAGCUUUUGGCUCAGGCACAGAAGAACAUUUAAAAAAUAAGUACUUACACCAAGAAAGCAGCACUGAAGUAUGGUGCUUGAAUGAUGAUCUCCCUUGACGUGGAUUGCAAGAAUGAAGAGCUAUGAUUCAGAAACACCUAAAAUUUGCUACUUUUGUGUAAAUGAACAAUGUGAUAUGUCAAUUUUUGUAACAAAUUUUUAGUGUAAUUUGUCUUUUCUAAAAUUUUCAAUUGCCGAAUAGACUGUUUGGUAAUUUUUUUUUUACUUGCCUUUUACAGUAAACUUCACAUGCACAAUUAUGCCUACAUAGACAAUGACCAAAUUUUACAUAUAUGACAUAUUUAUUUGGGUGAUGCUCUGUGAUCAUGUUGUAAAGGCUAUUGCUUCAUUUAACAUACAUUUGGGAAACCCCCCAACUAGAAUUUAACUUUAUACAAUAUCAGUCUGCAUAACAACAUAAGUGCUACCUACAUUGUUUUCUUCUUUGGUUAAUUAGGUGAGUACUAAUUCAGACAAUUACUUUAUUGCUUAUCUUGGAAUGGUAGCAAGCAACAGUUCUUGAACAAUUGGCUUUUCAUGUUAGUUUCAAAUCCUCGAAUACUUUGACCCUGCUUUAUCAACUGACAUCCUUGAGUGUCAUAGGGUGAUAGAAGAUUGCUCAGUGUGAGGCAGUGUUAACUGUAAGGCCAUGUGACAAAGAGGUCUUUGCCAUAUCCUCAAUCCAAAGUGUCUGCAGGGCAGUUCUCUUGCUCAGGUACCAGAACAUGUUAGAGCAUAGGAUCUCGUUGCUGGUUUGUCAGCUGACAUCUUGGUCAUUUCUAGCCCACUUGACUUUCCUGUUAGUGGACUGGCAUGGCCACCACCAUCUUUUUUUAGUUUUUAUAUAAUGUCCCUUUGAGUUGUAUCAAUUGCCUGUCCAAAACAUUUCAUGUUAUUUUUCUUUCCUGGAUUGGUCAGAGUGGCUGGAAGAGAGUACAGAUGAGCUGAUCCUUAGUCUACAUUGGGACUAUUUGGUUUCUGGAUUUGAGUCUCUGUCUUGCUAUCCUCUGUGAAAGUUCUAUCUAGAUACCUGAACUGAUAUUUGUUUGCAUGACAUGCUGCUUAUGUUAAAUGUCCAAAGUGCCUAAUGUUCGCUGACUGUAAUGACUUUUUUCAUUUCUGUGCUGAUUCACUUGUCACAGGGUUUGCAUAGUCCGAUUAGACUGUUCAAAUCAGUGGUGCACAACUUUUUCUCACCCAUGGGCCACAUUGGACAUGAUAUAAAAUCUCACGGGCCAGAACAUGGGGGUUUUGCCAGAAUCAUGAUGUUAAAAAUGACAUCAUGUUGUGUCUGGUUAAAAUGAGAGGGCUGGAUGAAGAGCCUUUGUGGGCUGGAUGUGGCCUGCAGGCCAUAGGUUGGGCACCCCUGGUUUAUAUGCUUCUGCAUCUUCAUUCACCAACCCCUGGUUGUCACCAAAGACCAGUUCAUUCAGCAUCUUCAGAUCAAGUUUGCUUCUGUAGUGAAUUUGGUCCAUGUAGAUUAUGAAAAGCAGAGGCAAGAGCACACAUCCCUGCGUCAAACUUCUUUUCAUUUCUGUCAAUCUGGUCAAGGUUCUCUGCUUUUCUGCUGAUUGCUUGCCUGGUUUCAAUUUUGUAGAGUACCUGUGCCUUCACAUCAGCUUUGUCUGUUGACAUAGUCUAAUGCCUUUUCUUGGUCUAUGAGGACAAGGAGGAGGUCUUCGUUGCAUUCAAUGGCCAGUUUACUGAGCUGUCUCAGGGGAAAGAUUGCAUCAUUUUAGCCAGCAUCUUAUCUUGAACCUGAACUGUGCAUUUCUGAGGUAUGGUUUUAUAAUGAGUAUGCUUUGACAGGAUAUUGGCGUACAUUUUGCUGGUUUUUUUUUUUGAUAUACAUCAAUCUUUUUCCAACAGUGUCUUUCCAUAAACAAUCAUUGUGAAGUCUAAAUGGUCAAAGCAAAACAAAUCUGGAAUGAUGAAAUUAAGGUUGUUCUUCAUAAACUUGCAAAACGGUGUUUCCAAGAAUCAAAAUAAUGCACUUCUUACACUACACAAGAACCUAAAUACAGAUGACAAAAUAAUUUAUUAACAGUAACACCUUUGAUAUAAUCAUCAGGUAUCUGGAACCAAUCACAAAAUUCUGGUAAACUAAAUACACAAUUUAAAAAAGAGAAAUACUGCAAAAGUUUUGUUUUUACUGUGAAACUACAGUUUGCAACUGUGCAUAUUUUCAAUACACAACAGUUAAGUUUCUUUUAUUUACUUUCCAGUCCUACAAAUAAACAAUGUUAUUUACUGUCAAAA